AACUUGGAAUAUAAUGUGAGGCUCCCCGUGCCCCUUUUGCCUGGGAAGCGAAAUCAGACCACCCAAACAAACCCUAGAUCCACGACGCCUUGCUCUGACAGACCUGAUGGCGCUUCGCUCUGCCCUGAGGAAGAUGCCUGCCCUCGGUAGGUCGCUCGGGAUGGCCCCCCGUAUGGGCCUCAUGCACGCGCUCUCGCUCUCGCCGCCGGCGUGUUCUCGCCUGAUGUCCCAUGUCCCACAGCCACAGGAAGAAGACCUGUUUUAUUCUGAUGAAGCGCGCGCCAAACGGCGCGAGCGAAUCAAACGCAAUGAAGCAAGUUUUGAGGAGAGCAUGAAGAAUGUGCAGAAAGAUUUGGAUUUUUUGAAAGAACUUCACAGUCGUGAAUGGCCUGAUCCUCGAGAAAAUUUCCUCAAGGAGCUUCGCAAAUUUGAGAAGAAAUGUGACAUUGCUCUUCUUGUACUAGUGCCUACAACUGCUGUGCUCUUUAUGAGUAUACCAUAUUACCUUUAGUGGGUUAUAAGAAACACACUACCUUAGUUUUAGCUAUCAUGGUUGUAGUGAUCGAGGCUUUAGGCAUUAAGUAGCUACCUAUUAUCCGGGUUUGACUCCUGUAAUCUGAAUGCAUCAUGGUUUUAGUGAUCAACGUUCCAGGCAUUAUUAAGUAGUGGGUUUGACCCUUGUAGUAAUCUGAACUUGUCCAAGCUAUAAUGGUUCUAGUGAUAGAGGUUCCAGGUAUCAUGUAUUAUCCGGGUUUGACUUCCUGUAAUCUGAAUGCACCUACUUAUGCUAAACAGUGGAUGCUACUCGUCCAA